AUGGCUCCAUCAAAGGGCCUCGUACCAGCCGCUGAUCUUCAGUCAUUUACUGAAUAUCUAAGCGGCUGCAAGCGAGUCAUUGCUCUUCUUGGAGCUGGAAUCUCCGCAUCAUCAGGCUUACCCACCUUUCGUGGCGCCGGCGGACUCUGGCGUUCAUACGAUGCAACCUCUUUAGCAACCCCCGAAGCCUUUCAGAGAACUCCAGGUCUUGUUUGGCAGUUUUAUAGUUACCGACGACAUAUGGCUCUGCAGGCCGAGCCUAACAAAGCGCACUACGCGCUGGCAGAGCUGUCACGGAGAAAUGAAGACUUCAUUACACUUAGCCAGAACGUUGACGGUCUGUCCCAGCGAGCACUCCACCCUUCUAAACAGCUACAUCUACUACACGGCAGCCUUUUUGACGUCAAAUGCACCUCCUUCUAUUGCAACUACACCCGUGAAAAUGACUUCACAGACCCGCUCGUUCCAGCCCUAGAUAUUCCAAAAAUGGCAUCAGGCCUUCAUCCCUCCGCGACCGACAAGACCGGUGAAGAAGCAGCGAAAGCUAUCCACAAUGCUCUGGGCACAGGAGAAGAGGUUGACAUAUCCGAUGCCAGCAAUCCAAUCCCCCACCUAAGCGAGGAUGAUCUACCUAAAUGCCCUAAAUGCAAGACUGGGUUGCUCCGUCCGGGUGUUGUGUGGUUUGGAGAAGCCCUGCCUGAGAAAACGCUUAGUGAAGUCGACCGUUGGAUCGCAGCCGGCCCCAUUGAUCUCUGCCUGGUUAUAGGCACCAGUGCAAGAGUAUGGCCGGCUGCAGGGUAUGUUGAUGAAGCUCGUUCUCAGGGUGCACGAAUCGCUGUGUGUAAUAUGGAUUCUAAUGAUACUCCUGGUGAGCUUCAUUUUGGGGAUUGGUUUUUCCAGGGUGAUGCCGGGGUCAUUGUCCCCGAGAUCUUGAAGGGUGUCAUUGGUGAAAUUUAA